UUUACAUCGUUCAUCUAUCAUUUUCUUUUUCUAAACUCUAUCUUUCAUCACCAACUUAUAGAAGAUCUUCAAACAUUGAUCACCAAAAUCAAGAACAUCAAUACAUUGGUUUUGUAUUUCAAGGUAUUGUUUCAAUAGAAUUGCAUCUAAAUUAUAUACAUAACUACAAAUGAGGUCUGAUCGUGAUUGGAUGUAUACGAGAAACCCUGAAAGCAUGGAAGAUUUUUUAAAAGGAGUGCAAGAGUUCAUUUCAUUUGCCACAACUCAACUCGGUUAUAUGGAUGGUGAAAAAAUAAGGUGCCCUUGCUUAAAAUGUCGUAUUCAAAAGUACAUUAAGUCAGAUUUGUGCCUUAGUCAUUUGAUUAAGUAUGGAUUCAUGGCAAACUAUCAUACGUGGUCAGCUAAUGGGGAAUCUAGUCAAACCUCGAAUGUAUACACCUUUCGACGUAAAAGACCUUCGCUCGGUUACAAUGAAAGAACAACAAAUCGGUAUGAGUCAAUGAUACAUGACAUGGAUUCUAGUUUCCAACCAAAUGUGGAAAAUGAAGCAUCAACCUCUUCCAAUUUUAACACAUAUAUUUUAUCAGAAAGGUUUUGGAAAGCAUUGAACGCGGCACAUCAACCAAUCUGGCCUGGUAAUGAUAGCGAGAGUAAACUAUCUGCAACUGUGAAACAUCUUAACAUGAAAUCCGAGAACAAUUGGUCCGAACGUGCUGUCAAUCAAAAUCUUGACUACAUUAGAUCAAUGUUACCCAAAGACAAUUGCAUGCCGGAUAGUUAUUAUAGCAUGAAGAAAUUGGUUGAAGAUUUGGGUUUGCCCGUGAUUAGAAUAGAUGUAUGUAGAGAUGGUUGCAUGCUUUUUUGGGGGGAAGAUAUUGAUAAACAAUCAUGUAGCUUUUGUCAUCAAUCUCGAUACAAAGAAAAUGUUCGUAAACUGAAGCCCCACAAACAACUAUUUUAUUUACCACUAGCUCCCAGAUUGCAAAGGUUGUACGCCUCAAAUGUGACAGCACCUCACAUGACAUGGCAUGGUCGUCAUGUCAAUAAACCCGAGAUCAUGUGUCAUCCGUCAGAUGGAGAGGCUUGGAAGAGGUUUGAUCACCAUCAUCCAAUAUUUGCACUUGAACAUAGAAAUGUUCGAUUAGGACUAUGUUCAGAUGGAUUUGCUCCUUUCGGACAAUAUGGAAAAGCAUAUUCAUGCUGGCCAGUUAUUCUAACACCGUACAAUCUACCACCGGGGAUGUGCAUGAAAUCACCGUAUAUGUUUAUUUCAUUGAUUAUUCCCGGGCCAAAAAGUCCUCAAAGAAAAAUCGAUAUUUUCCUUCAACCGUUGAUAGAUGAGCUAAAAAUGUUAUGGAAUGUAGGUGUUCCUACUUAUGACGUUUCUCGAGGUGACACGUUUAUCAUGAAGGCAAUGUUGUUGUGGACGGUUAGUGAUUUUCCGGCUUAUGGAAUGUUAUCAGGCUGGAGUACACAUGGAAUCGAUAGUUGUCCGAUAUGCAUGAAAAAUUCUAAAUCCUUCCGAUUGAAAUACGGUCGAAAAGCUUGCUACUUUGAUUGUCAUAGACAAUUCUUGCCAUUGGAGCAUCCUUACAGACAUGACACUCAACAUUUUACAAAAAACCGGGUGGAAAGAACUAUUCAUCCUCAUAUUAAGGAUGGAGAUGAAAUAUGGACAGAAAUUUCCCAUUUGAAGCUUGUUAGUGAAGCUCCCAAUGAAUAUCCUCAUGGAUUCGGUGAUUAUCACAAGUGGACUAAGAGAAGUAUCUUCUGGGAACUUCCAUAUUGGGGUAAACUUCUAAUUCGACACAACUUGGAUUUUAUGCAUAUCGAAAAGAACGUGUUUGAAAACAUCAUAAAUACAGUUAUGAAUGUGAAGGCAAAGACAAAAGACAACCUUAACGCUAGGAAGGAUAUGUUUCUUGUUUGCAAUCGUCCGGAGCUACAUGUUGAUCCUAAUACAACUUCUCGAAAGCCUAACAAGGCUUCAUAUAGUUUGACGAAAACAGAAAACAUGAUAAUUUGUAAAUGGGUGAAGACCUUGAAAUUUCCGGAUGGUUAUGCGUCAAAUUUGUCACGGUGCGUUGACACAACCGAAUCAAGGUUGAUUGGAUUCAAAAGUCACGAUUGUCAUGUUUUUUUAGAAAGAUUAUUGCCUAUUGCGUUUAGGAGAUUACUACCUAAAUUUGUAUGGGGAACACUUGCGGAUUUAAGUAAUUUCAUGAAUGACCUAAGUGGUAGAACUUUGAGCUCAGACCAAGUGGAUAACUUGCACUCUCAAAUUCCGGUAAUUUUAUGCAACUUGGAGAAGAUUUUUCCACCCUCCUUCUUUGAUUCAAUGGAGCAUCUUUUGAUACAUUUACCAUAUGAAGCAAAAAUAGGUGGUCCUGUACAAUACAGAUGGAUGUAUCCAUUCGAAAGGUUUCUAAAGAGUGUGAAGCAAAAGGUGAAAAACAAAGCCAGAAUAGAAGCGUCCAUAUGCAAUGCCUAUAUUCUAGAAGAAAUAUCCACGUUUGCUUCAUAUUAUUUUGAAUCGAAGGUGAGUUGCAAACAAAGACAACCACAAAGGAACACUGAAGGGCCUGUAAACAUAACAGAACCACCGAUUUCGAUUUUCAAUUACCUUGGACGUGGAACUGGUGGUUCAUCAAAGAGAUUUAUGUCAAGCCAAGAAACUUUAUCGGCUCACAAUUAUGUCCUAUUGAAUUGUCCGGAGGUGGAUCCAUAUUAUAGGGCCUUUUGUGACAUGAAUGUCGGGUUAGAUCCGGAUGAAAUAGUUUGUCAAUUCUCGUCAUGGUUUCGAUCAAAGGUUGUACAAGACAAUCGACGGAAUACGGAAAAAGAUCUACCUUAUUUCAUCUCAUUUGGUCCUAAAACGCCUGCAACCACAUAUUCAACUUACUUCAUCAACGGUUAUGUGUGGAGGGCAGGUGAUUACGGUUCUAAUAGAUCAACGAUGAAUAGUGGUAUUUGCGUUCAUGCAAACGAUGUCGAUUAUUAUGGACUUUUGGAAGAGAUUAUUGAAUUACAAUACCCAGGUCCAUGUUUACGUGUUGUUCUAUUCCGAUGCAUAUGGUUUGAUCCGACAAGAGGUACUAGAGUUAAUCCUACCUACAGAUUGAUUGACGUUAACAUGAAACAUAGAUUGAGGAAAUACGAUCCAUUUGUUCUUGCACAACAAGCCAUACAAGUUUAUUAUUCGAACUAUCCAACCCCAAUGAAUGAUCCUAAUUGUGAAUGGUUGGCCGUUUGUAAAACAAAAGCAAGGGGAAAGAUUGAGGAAAUAUGGAAAAAUGAAGUGGAGGUGGAGUAUCAACAGGAGUAUCCCACCAUUGAAUUGUAUAUUCCCCUUGAUAUACCGUUGUACAAUGUUAAUGAUUUGAGUGACCCAAAUAUUCUGAAUGUUGAGUUAGACGGAUCAGAUGAAAUUGAAUCGCAUGAGAGUGGUUCGGAGGAAACUGAAAACGUAAGUGAUUCAUAUUAUAGUACAAAUGAAGAUGUUGAACCUAUAUUAGGGGAAGAACAAUCCGGAGAUGACAUGUUUUAGAUUCCUAACGAGUCAAAUGAUUUAUAUUAUUAUAUAUUAUGGUGAAUUUUAUGGUAUAUUUUAAUCAAUGUUAUGGGAAAUUUUAUGGUAUAUUUUAAUGAAUAUUAUGGUAACUUUAUGGUAUAU